GAUUCAGUUUUGAGCCUGUUUGCACACCCCUACUAGGGAGCAAGAGGUUGCAGGUUCGAAUUCCCACUGGUAUGUUUCCCAGACUAUGGGAAAUGCCUAUAUCGGGCAGCAGCAAUAUAGGAAGAUGCUGAAAGGCAUCAUCUCACCUUGAGCAGGAGGAGGCAAUGGUAAACCCCUCCUGGAUUCGACCAAAGACAACCUCAGGGCUCCGUGGUCGCCAGCAGUCGACACCCGACUCAAUGGCACAACUUUACUUUACCACAAGACCAGCCCUCCUCCUUUUCACCAAGAAGACCUCUCUGUGGCCACAGUUCCCCUCACCUGCUCUCUGGCCAUGAGUUCAGUUUCUAAUUUUACCCUGCGGGGUGAUUAUUUUUGGCAAAAGAGCAGGUGUGGCAGAGGAAGGCAGGAGCAAGUGAGGCAACGUACCCGCAGUUUAUUUUGGGAGCGGAUCCGUUCGUGUCAAUGGGAGAAAGGAGCUGUGGUCUAAAAUUAGGCUUGGAGGAAAGAAGAGGCAAAGUUCAGCUGUGAACACUUUUCAAAGGGGCAUUGCCAAGGCUGAAUCCAGAGGUUCCCAACUUUGGGUCGCCAGGUGUUGGACUACAACUCCCAUCAUCCCCUGCCACAGUGACCUCCGGCCUCAUCUGGCAUACAGCUGUUUUCUCCAUAUACGGCAGCUUCCUAUGUUUGCAUAAGGACUAUAGAGCAGAUGCAGGCAAUGUGUGGGUCUCCAGAUGUUGCUGUACCACAACUCCCAUUAUCAUCAACUGUAAAAAAUUGUGCUGGGAUGAUGGGAAUUGUAGUUCAUCAACAUUUAGACAGCUACAUGUUGCCCAUCCCUGCUUUAGAACAAGGGUUCACAACUUUAUUUAUCACUUAUUUAUUUUAUUUAUUACUUUUAUAACCUGUUCUUCCUCUUAGGAGCUCAGAGUGAUGUACAUGCUUAUUUUUAUUUGCAGAUGUUGUUGGACUACAAAUCCCAUCAUCCCUGAACACAACAGAUGUAGUCUAUCAACAACUGGGGACCCACGUUUGAGAGUCCUUGCUUUAGAGUAUAAGCUUGCUGACUCUCCUGGAAUCCUGUUUGCAGCAGUUGUGACCUGACUCACAAUAGUUAAUGGGGCUGCACCGUAGCUGAUCGGAUCCAGCCCUGCCUUGCCUGUCCUUUGCAUAAGCUGCUUCCAUAGGCUGCUAUUUGUGAUUCCCACGCAGGCUGAAGCAGCCAAAACGUUUCCUGCUUGAGAGCUCCGCCUCCCUCCCUCCCUCCCUCCAUGAGAUGCUUUCUCUUUUGCUUUUUUACCGACGGGGCGAAGGUUCUCCUCUCCCUACAGUUCUUCAUCUUGCUGCUUUGCCAAGAGAAUCAAUUUAGGAAAUGUUGAGAGCAUCAGCCCUAGAGAUCCCGGAGCUGGACCUCCGAGAGAUGGGCACCAUGAUCCAAUCACGUGUGGUUGUGGAGGUCUCUGGUCAGGUCCAAUCGCUCCUGGAUUCCCUAGAGACCACCACGCUGGAGAUCGCCGUGACGGGUGAAUCCGGCGCUGGCAAAUCCACCUUCAUCAAUGCUCUGCUGGGGCUGAAUGAUGGUGACCACCGUGCUGCCCUUACAGGUGUCAUCGAGACCACAACCUCACCCACACCUUACCAGCACCCUCACCUGCCCAAUGUCCGGCUCUGGGACCUGCCGGGCACCGGCACCCCCUGCUUCCAAGCAGAGAAGUACCUGCGGCAAGUGGGGUUUGAGAGCUACGACUUCUUCAUCAUCGUAGCCUCGGAGCGCUUCCGGCAGAACCACGCCGAGCUAGCCCGUGCCGUGGGCGCCAUGGGCAAGCGCUUCUACUUUGUCCGUUCCAAAGUGGAUCAAGACCUGCGGGCAUCACAGCGGCGGAGGCCGGCCCGUUUCCAGGAGGUCCAGGUGCUGCGGGAGAUUGAGGCCGACUGUAUCCACCAGCUCCGGAAUGAAGGCCUGGCUUCCCCCAAGGUCUUCCUCGUCUCCAGCUUUGAGCUGCACAAAUUUGACUUCCAGCGCUUGCAGGAUACGCUGGCGGACGAGCUGGAGGGCCACAAGCGGCACGCCCUGCUGCUUUCUUUCCCCUCCGUCACCGCGGCCGCCGUGCAGAAGAAGAAGGAUUCGCUGCACCGGCACAUCUGGAAGAAGGCCCUGCUGGCGUGCUUUGUUUCGGCACUACCGGGCCUCCCCAUCCACCUCAACAUCCCCAUGCUCAUGAGAACCCUCCUCUCCUACCACAGAAGCUUCGGCUUGGACGACGAGUCCUUGGGGGCCUUGGCCGUCACUGCUUCUAAGCCCCACAGAGAACUAAAAGACCAGGUGUGCUCAGCUCUAGGGAAGGAUCUCUCGGAGAAUACCGUCCAGGCCAUCCUAAGCCAAGCGGCUGUAUAUGGGCAGGUGGCCGCCCGGUUGGUGAAGAACAAGGUGCCCCUCUUGGACAACUUGGUUGCUGGAGGUGUUUCUUUUGUGGCGGCUUAUUACCUGCUACAUACUGCCCUGGACAGCUUCGCUCAAGAUGCCCAGAGAGUCCUCGGAAGAGCCUAUGAGUUGGAGGAUGAGGUCCAGGGCUCCCUCUGCUACCCUCCAGAGCCGGGCUUCAUCUAUGAUUAAGUUGGACACCACCAAGCACCCUUAGAUGAUUGGUGGCUACACGCUCCCUUCUGCUCCACUCACAGUUCUCCUGGUUUCCUGUUGUACUGGCCCAUCCCGUCCAGACUAAUGUGCUAUUAAGUCUCUCUGAGCUUCUCGUGUUAACAACUCCACCAAAAUUACCUGUGAUAACUUCUGGGGCACAAAGGCCUUCAAAAAACCCAGUGUGACUGUAUUUUAGCUUGGAAUGCAAAAUCUGUUGGAACGCAAAAUCUGUUGAACGUUCCGUCAGAAGAACUGGGUGAGCCAGUUGUUCCGAUAGAACGCUCUUGGAACGCUCAAAAGGUUAUGAGCACCACUUUGGAAUCUGUUUGGCCCCUGCCGACUAUGCAAAUGGCCACUGUGCAUGCGCAGAGACCAGAAGAGCGCCAUUUUGGAUUCCAAAAUGGCUCUCGGAACAGUCAGAACGCUCUGAUUCAGGAUGGGGUUGUUCUGUUCUAAGCUCAGGACACUCAAAACGGCCCAUCUCCAGUUGGAAUGUCCCAACAGCGGAACGUUCUGCACACCCCUACUGUAUUUCUCCCAGGUGUGGUGGGAUUGGAUUAUUGGAGUUUUAUUGGGAGAGUUUCUUCAAUUAAUUGUGGCUGACGGAUGCUGUGGGAACAGUUUAAGAAUUCUACAUUUGGUGGUUCUUAUGGCUCUCUCCCAUCGUGACAGUAGACCACUGCAGAUUUAAAGUGCCUGUCUGAUUUAUGGGGCAGUGGUUGAUCUGGGGGUAGGAUACUAAACUGCUUAGCAGCUUCUGCUGUUGUUGGCCAUCUGGAGAGUGGGUAGGACAGAAGCACCAUAUAUUUCUCACUCUGUACUAGGUACGGCUUUCUCAGUGGCCGCUUUGGUAGGAGAGAAUAUAACUUACAGAGGCUCUGUUUGCUUCUGAUUUCAUUUUAAAUGAAUUUAAUGGAAAGGAAUUUAUUGGCAGAGAGGCCAUCCAAGGGGUAGAGUCAGGAAACUUGAAGACUACUCUGUGGUUGGCCAAACUGCAGGUUUUCAGUUGAAAAAACAAACCAGGAGGGGCCCUUUAAAUGGAGGGCUGGCAGACUGGGUCUCCCGUUAUUGUAGCAAGAGUGGUGAUGAAUGUGCAAAUCCACCCUGCAAGUUCUGGAACUCCUCUGUGCUCAUUCACUUCAUCUCGGGAGGAAGUAGUUAUCCCAUUAAAGCCAGAGGCAUCUAUUGCAAGUGGGUCCAUGCUUUAAUCAAGCCGGCUCAGAUGCAUAAAUAAUGGCUUGUGUGAGUGGUGUUAAUGGUGCUGUCAGGAGAGGUAUGAAUGGAAGUCUGAAGGAGCCACUUGUAAAAGGCUUCCAGUACGUGUUGAUCAUGAAUCUAGUAAUCGUCUGCGAGUUCUCUUCUGACUUUUUACUGCUCUAUGUGAGUAGAUAACUUAUGAACAGUUACCUUUGUGGGUUAUCUGACUCUCACAGCAUGUUAGUAUUACCUGGCUCUUAGGGCCUUUUUAAAAGACCAAAACUUACUGUGUAAUUACAAAGCUUGGCAUCUGAGUCAUAACACAGGGCACUCUCUUAUUAGUGGCACCAGCAAGACAGAAUAUGCCCUUAUACCUUUUUUUGCAGAGUAUUUUUAUUCAAUAAAAAGCCUAUUCUUCAA